AUCAGCUGAUGAACAAAUCUAUUAGUCUAAAUCAUUUCCCGCUCUUAGUAGUUUUUAAAAAAUUGAUCAACCAUGUAAAUUUCAUCAAAGUUGGUCAGUUUUUGGUUUUAAUUUUUUUAUUUUUUUCAUCGCUGUAAAUUGUUGAUAGAGGGAUUAUAAUUAUAAAAUUAUAUUUCUCAACCUAUUUGUUACCUUGGCGAUCAUGACGUCAUUCUCCUUGUGUCUGUUUUUGUGCAAUCGUAGCGAAACGUGUUUCAAUGUGUUCAACUAAUAGAGAAUUUUAGUUUCUUCUUCUAUUUUAAAAUGAUUUACUUAUUUUAGUUAGAAGUAGUCUUUUAAGAGUGAGUGUGUGUUACAACAACCACAUCCUAGAACUUGAAGAGAGUUUUUACCGGCCUUUGUGAAAUAGGACUUCAUUCGUUCUAGCAAGAAUGGCGUCCGAUCAAAUAAAACAUAGGAUGCAAGUUUUCAAAAAUAAAGGAAAAGAUCAAGAUGAGAUGCGAAGAAGGCGAAACGAAGUCACGGUUGAGCUACGAAAAAACAAACGUGAAGAAACACUUCAGAAACGAAGAAAUGUUCCAGUCUCAGAUUCUGCAGAUGAGGAAGAAUUCGACAGAAAUUUCUUCACAACCAACUUGGAACAGUUGGUGAUGGACGCAUCGAGUGACAAUCCAACGAAGCAACUGCAGGCGGUACAGUCUGCCCGCAAGCUACUCUCAUCCGACCGCAACCCCCCCAUCGAUGACCUUAUCCGCAGUGGCAUUCUACCCAUUCUUGUCAGAUGUCUUGAGAAACACGACAAUUCGCACUUACAAUUCGAAGCAGCUUGGGCGUUGACAAACAUCGCGAGUGGAACGUCGCAACAGACUCAGGCCGUCGUGGCAUCCGGCGCCGUCCCUGUCUUCCUGCAGCUCCUCUCCUCGUCGCACCAAAAUGUCUGCGAACAGGCCGUCUGGGCUCUGGGAAACAUAAUUGGUGAUGGACCGAAACUUAGGGACUAUGUGAUCAAUCUGGGUGUUGUGACUCCGUUGCUGGCUUUCAUCAAGCCGGAAAUUCCGAUCACAUUCAUGCGCAAUGUGACCUGGGUGAUCGUGAAUCUGUGUCGCAACAAGGACCCCCCACCUUCCAUCAAAACCAUUCAAGAAAUUCUGCCAGCUCUCAACGUGCUCAUUCACCACACUGAUAUCAACAUUCUCGUUGACACAGUUUGGGCGCUAAGUUACUUGACAGAUAGCGGCAACGAUCAUAUUCAAAUGGUGAUUGACAGCGGAGUCGUUUCAAAUCUCGUUCCUCUUCUUUCCCACAAAGAAGUCAAGGUACAAACAGCCGCACUGAGAGCUGUAGGAAACAUAGUUACUGGAACCGAUGAGCAGACUCAAGUGGUCUUGAACUAUGAUGUUCUAUCACAUCUCCCAGCUUUAUUGUCUCACCCCAAAGAAAAAAUCUGCAAGGAAGCAGUUUGGUUCCUUUCCAACGUAACAGCUGGAAAUCAACAUCAAGUCCAAGCUGUAAUUGAUGCCGAUCUAUUACCCAAAAUAAUCGAAAAUCUCAGCAAAGGUGAAUUCCAGACACAGAAGGAAGCUGCGUGGGCCAUAAGCAACCUGACGAUCAGUGGCAACCGGGAGCAAGUGGGCCGGAUGAUCCAAGAAGGGGUGAUUCCGCCGUUCUGCGCUCUGCUCGCUUGCAAGGACGCCCAGGUCAUCCAGGUUGUCCUCGAUGGCAUCAGCAACAUGCUCAAACUGGCCGGAACGCAUGCCGAAGCCCUUGCCAAUAUGAUUGAGGAAUGCGGUGGUCUGGAUAAAAUCGAGACCCUCCAAAGCCACGAGAAUGAGGAAAUCUAUAAACUGGCAUAUCAUUUGAUUGAACAAUACUUCGAGGCUGAAGAUGACGGUAGCAUUGUUCCGCAAUCUUCAGAAGGCGGAUUCCAGUUUGAUCCGAGCACGACCAUACCCAGCGAAGGCUUCAAGUUUUGAACCAAUAAAGUUUGAUUUAUAAUAUUGUACAUUCGUUCUCUGUGGACCUAAAAGUGACAGUUAUUUCAAAAAGCCAUUCAAUCUUUUUGCCUCUUUAAAUUUUGGACUUGACUAUUAUUUUCCUGGUUGAAACAGAACAGCACUAGGACAAAAAGUACUCAUCAUCGUAAACAUCCGGUUAUUAGGCGAUAUUUGAGUAUUGGUAACAGUUCUGAAACCGUAAUCUGAGAAAUAUAUUAUGGUCUACAUCUAUGAAACUUAAUAAUUAAGCAUUGACUAGAUACUAAAUUUAUGUGUUUUACAACACUUCAGUUGUAUUGUAAGACCAGAGACAUAUUUUUGUACUCUGUGCUAUAUUGAUCAGAUUAACUAGAUAUGUGUAGAAAAUUCUUAUUAUAUUGAUUGCUGUCAAAUCAAGAAAAGUUUUCUUUUUUCUAUUGAUUCUCAUUCUAACACUGGGCUAACUUGUUAAAUUUCUUCAUAAUUGUAAUUAUCUUCAAUAAAUUAAUAUGGUAUAUUGAAUGUAAGAGGCAACCCGUCCUUGUGUGAACUUUUCAAUUCGUACCAUUUUGAAUUCAUUAGCAUGCAAACAAUCGCUUGAAAGUUCUCUGCAAUAAAAUGACUCAUUUGUAAUCAUUUCAUUAACAACUCAUGCUAUUAUUUACAGUCCAAAGUAAUUUUAUACUUUUCCAAAAGUUUUGCAACAAAUUAAGUAAGUCAAGACUAUCCGAAGGGAACUAUUCUAUGCUAUUAUACUUCAGUUUGGUUUCAUUCAUCUUAGGUUCUUCAUAAUGAAUCAUUAGUGUAAAUCCUCUAUAUUUAAUACUAAAAUAUUUUUCGGCAGUUUAAUUAUUGUAUUAAAAUAACCUUGCUUGUAUGAUGUGUAUGAUAGAUUACAAAGUACAUUUCACCAUGUACCCUACUUGAGUAAUUUCUACUUACGAAAAUAAUAGAUAUUGAAAAGUUGGAAGAGUAUAUUAGAUUGAUUUUAAAGUAAUAAUUAUUUUAAUUUCUAUUUUUAAUUAUAUUUUAUCUUUAUUAAAACGGUUCUGUUUGAAUACUCUAGCUAUUUUUUGCCAAGUGUUCAACUCACCCGGUUUACCUACCAUAAAUCCGUUUUGAUUUGAAAUCAUGGAAAACCAUAUAGCUCUGAUAGCAAAGUUUUGUUUUUAUAUUUUAUUUCACAAACGACAGAUUCCUAUCUAUUAUUCAUCAUCUUGGCUAUCUAGAGUGCAUUAAAAUUUAAUUUUAUUUAACAAUUGAAGUAAUCGGAAUAGAAAAUAGUUAUCUCAAUUUUAUUUAAAAACAUCUUGUUAAUUGUAUUGAACUUAUCGGAAAUUAAAGUACUCGAAACUCGUUGAAAACAACUGGAA